AUGGCGCUGUCCAUUGAUAACACAACUUAAAAUUUAAAAACAAUGGUUAAAGUAUUGCAGUGUCAUAAUUUUCGAUCGAAAAGAGUGAUUUCGAUUCAAGAUGAGCCGCUGGCAAUAUGUGCGAGUGGCAAUCAAGUGUUCGUAGCGACUCGGAGAUGUUCGGUUGUUAUUUUUUCACUUCGCGAUGAAUGUCGAGAGAUCAAGGAAAAGAAACGCUUUGAUACAGUUUCUCUUGUGGAGAAACUACUCUUUAGUUCAGCAAAAAAUUGUCUCUUGACGCUGGAGUAUAAGACAGCAUGGAAGAAUACUACCAAAUUCAUUCGCGUUUAUUUAAACUGGGACAUGGAGUCUUCUCCUGGCAUGAAGAUGAGAGCCAAAGUCCGAUUGGCUGGAAAAACCCAGCCUGUGGCAACAACAACAGCAACAACAACCGGCCAAUCAGCACAUCUGGAUGUGGUCGAAAUACCAGUGGACAAAAAUGUAUCUGACAUUGGUAUUUGUGAGUCUACGGGAAACUUUGCCAUUGCCGUUGACCGUGAGGUCAAGGUUUUUCACAUCGUAGAAAAGGUCAUGCCAAAUUCUGACGGCACAUACCUGGAUGUGGAUAUAUUCCUUGAACUGUGUUGGAACUUUAGUGUUGAAGCUUUAUCACUGUGUGAGGAAUUUAUGGUGUGCGCUUCCCGCAAUGAAUGUCAGGUCAUUCGACUGGAGUACACUGAAGCAACAGAGGGAGCUGCUUCAUCGGUUUUGCACGCUCGUGGAAAAAAAGACUGGGGAAAACCCGAUACUGAACAAGUUCAAUGUCACAAUUUUUCUAGAGAAUCUUCUCCCUUGUCGUCACUACACAGUAACAGUAAUGUAUCAACGAGAUCUGAAGUCGAAAAAUAUGAUGACGAUAAAUCAAACCCUGUGUCGUCCGUCAUUAGUAAAGUAAGUGAAUUUUCUUCAGUCGGUCUGCUCAGAUCUACGAAUCCAAGUCCGGCUCAGUUCUCAACAUCUGCAGGAACAGAGGUGACGGAAAUCACAGACGACAAGUUUUACAAGUCGUGGCGAUUUGACGGAGAAGACUCUGAAACAGGGGAGGUAAUCCUGAACCUACAGGGUUUACAAGGACGGUCGAAGUCAUUGCUUCAGAAAGGUUCCCCUCCAGUGUUGCAGGAUAUGAGAGGGGGACCAUUCAAGUCAUCUGGAGGAGUGAAAGCGUCAACUGUCCUUCACCUCUGUGACUUUGACCUCAAAGAAGAUUGGCAAGAGGUCAAACUUAUACCAUCCUACUUCCAUGGAACUCCAAGAAGUUCGUCCGAGACUUACAGCACAGUCCCGGUGCAUUCUCCAAACUUUCACAAUCUCAUUGGAAUGAGCUGUAUAGUGAGCGGCUUUCGUGGAUCCAGCAUGUAUUCCCUGUUACCACGGUUACACAAGACUACUCUCUACAAGUAUACAACCAGUGCUAUGAAGAUUCUUCCUACUCACAAGCUGUUACACGUUGUUACAAAGACUGGGUUAGAAACCUACACGUCGCGAUGCGGUCUCACUGCAGUGUACAAUGUAGAAGAUUUUGACUAUGUAACCAAGGCCUGUCCUCCAGAGAAUCUUGAAAUCUGCUUGAUUGGAAUGGAGCCGUUCAUUGGAGCAGUCCAGGUAACCAUGACAACGGAUCACGUUGUUCUGCUCACCAAAGCUGAAGAUCCGUACAGUGAGGAAUCGGUGUGGAGCUUGUAUGUGUUGGAGGAAAACAAACCAGUAGACAUCUACAAAGAUAUGCUUCACUUUGCGUGUCAGGUUCAGGAGACGGGGCCCUCGUCGUACCUCCAUCUCGUCGAGGAAGGUCACGUGAUGCUCAAAACCGAGAUCACGCUGUCGGGAAAAACAGAGUUUGAACUCGACGACCUCUUCUUAGAGUCGUGUGCCCUGCUCGGAGAGUAUUACUCACUUCCAGCUACUGACAAUGAGGACUGGCAAUUGUGUCUUCCGUACUACGUCAUGUCCGGUAUGAACGUGGAUGACAUCAUCAGACAGGCCGUACAGCACAAACAACACAAGAAACAGGGAUCGAUGUACAGUUAUGGCAGAGGUCUGCUGAAUUAUCUAAAUGUUGUUUUAUUUCAAGACGAUGAACCACUCGAAGUGAAAGAGGUCACUGGGAACUGUAUUCUAGAGAUUUACCUCGACACUGAACCUGAUCAACUAUCUCGGGUCAUUCUGUCGUCACGACUACACAACUACAGUCCAGAUAGAGCUUUAGAGUUGAUUAAGAAAUGGAUUGAUCACGGACACAACAGAGGAGAAAAACCCAGUGGCACUGACCUACUUGCUUUGGUUAAGCUUGACUUGUUGCUGUGUGAACCGGAAUUGGCACAGACAACACUAGCAUCUGUGGACGAGAAAACCCUUGUUGAUAUUUGUGCAUCCCAUCCAUCAUUAAUUCACAAGGCUUCUGUCGAAUUUACAUCUUUUGCACAGCUGAUGCGACAACAUCGCUCUCACUCGUUACUGUUGGUUCUUGUUCAACUUCACGACAACAGCGUUCUCACACUUGAUUCCAUCAUCAAACUGUUGCAGACAGACUCCAAAGAAGAUAAUUACAAAAAUAACCAGCUGAAGGAAUUUUUUGAGAUUCUUGUUAAUGAUAAGAAGAGAAGUUAUAUUUUUGGAGACAUUUUGCCUCAACUGAGCAAGAUUUAUGUACAGAGAAUCAUACAUCAGACUCGCCCGGCCAACCCCAGCGGAAUGCCGAACCAGUUUCAUUUGCCACAAGGAAGCGGGCAUUUUGCUGCUCGGUUCACCUGGCUUGAUUACCUACCCCCGUUCUCUGGCCCUGUAUCUAUGACAAGGAUAUGUCUGCACAUGCCCAGGGUCAUGGCUUCGGCAGGGAGGCGCCCGGGGGUGGUCAGAUCAGUACCAGUCCAGGUUGCCACGGUGGCGGAGAAAAAAGAAGAAAAAUGUCAGUGCUGUUUCUGUAAUGAAGACUUGCUUAAGUUACAGUCAUUACUGUGUUGGCCGCAUGUCGAGGUCUCGCUGUGUGCGGGCGUCUUUGAGUUGGCUGGGCGUCACCAGGCGAUGGUGGGCUGGGAGUCGAUGUGGCUGCUGUGUAAUCGACAGCUUGACCUCCUGCACACUACAGAGUUCAUCGUCGACAGAUUCCCAGCCAUCCUGCCAAAGUUUGCAGCAUCCAGUUUCGGAGUUAACAAGAAACAGUGGCAGCAUUGUAUGAGGUGUUGUGAAACUACUUUAAGAGAAUUUUCAUCCUGCCAGAUGAACAACACAGAGGAGACGUAUGUAAAGGCCUACAGAGAAACAUUAAUGGAGUUACAAGAGAUAUUCUCCCCUGCGGAGUUUCUCCACCUGCUGCCUGCAGAUGGCAGUCUAUCCUUCUUGUUGCCGUAUGUAACCAAAUGUGUCCGAUGCCAUCACAUCCGACAGCUGAAGGAUGUCAUUGUGGGGAAAGGGCAACAGCAUACAUCAAAGAAAUGACUUUUAAAUUGUAAACAAAAAUGUUUAUGUGAAUUUCGUCUCAUGUCAUAUGGAGUGAACUUUAAAAAUUGAGUUCCAUGAACAAUAAUAAUGAUAAUGUAGCAAACAGGAAUGGAUCCAGAAGAUUCCACCCCACAGACAUUAAGUUAAAAACAAUAUUUUUAUAUUUAUAUUUUGCUAGUGCAUGUAUGUACAUUCCAAAGGAAGAAAAGAAUGCAAAAAUACUGGUGCAAUUGUAUUACGAGCACUCUGCCGUUCGAGAGCUAGAUGAACAUUUCUACAGUUAUGAUCACUCUCUGCCAUCAGAGAUCACUCUAUAGCGAAAAUGCGAAAUGACCGCCUACCACAUGGUAGACAAAGAUUCCCGCUCUAAUACAACAAGAAGAAGAAUAAGUUUGACGAUAAAUACCUUUACAUUAAUAAUUUUCUAGUUCGCCGAUAACAAAUAUUUCGCUUAUUCACCACUUAUACAACCACUGCAGGAAGAAAGCCGUCGACACCAACGUAUUUAACUGGAACAUUAUUGAAACGGGUGCUAUCGGGUUUCUUGUAGUGUCUGUAUUAGUUGUUACCAUGUAAAAUAUUUGUUAUUGGCAAACUUGAAAAUAAUUAUUGUAAAGGUAUUUAGCAUCAAACGUAGGAUUUUUGUUCUAUUAGAGUGGAAAUCUUUGUCUACAGUGUGGUAGGCAGCCAUUCCAAGUUUUCGCUAUAGAGUGAUCUCAGACGGCAAAUGUCAGUCUAGCUCUCAAACGGCAGACUAUUGUAUUAUCAUUAUGUAUAUCUCCUUCCCAUAUUGAAUAUAAUAAACUCUCAUUAUCUU